AUGCAUAACUAAAAUGAAUCUUAAUCAAAUAUAGAUACUAUAUUAUGCAAAAGAGAGUAAUGCUUAUAAUUUGUAAAAGAAUUAAAGGAUACAUUUGUAAAUGAACAAUCAUUAUUAUAAAAUAUAGGAAAUUUAGAAAGAGGAGAUGUUUUUAAUAAAUGUUUAGAAUAAAUAAAAAAAUCAAAAGAUUAUUUAAUUUAAAAAAUAAAUAAUUUUUAUUUUAAAUUUGAAGCAAAAGUUAAAUAAUAAAUAAAAGAAAUUCAAGAAAGCCGUCCUGGAUAAUUUAAUGCGAUUAAUAAUAAAAUUCUAAUGAUGAUAAAGGAAGUAACUGAAAUGGAAAAUUAAUUAAAUUCUAAUUAAUAUGUUAAAUAUAUUUUACAAGUAAAUAAAAAAAUAUAUAAAACUAUUUAUUAAGAUAAUUAUUAAAAUAAUUAAAAUAAAUAAAACAAAUAUAAUAAACAAUAAAGAAACACUAAUUAAAAAAAUCAUUUAAAAAUAAACGAAUUUUAAGACUAUAAUAAUAAUUAUCAAAGAAGUUAAAAUAAUGAAAUAAACUCAUAUUCUGAAUAAUAAUAAUAAUAAUAAUAUACAAAUUCAUAAAAUUAUUCUCCAAAUAAAUAUGAUUCUUCUAAAUAAUCAUAAAUAAGUAUAUGA